UGAUUGAUAGUGUGAGCGACCUACCAUUGUUGGCUUGCAACCCGGCUGAUAUGGUUUCACAAGACUCAUCAGUGGAUCCACCAAGUGUUCACCCUUUCACCAUCUCAGAUUUAGAUGUACUGCCCAGCAUCCAAUUACUUGGAGAACGAAUAUCUAGAUCAAUAGACCUGGUUCAAGAUCCGACUUUAACUGAGGAUUCUGAGACCUGCGACAGGAGACAUUUGAUGAUGAAUCUUCUGGGAGUAGCAAAGGACACCGAUCAUCACCAAUCCCGGAGACUGUCACUAACUCUUGGUUCUCAUCUCCAGUCUACUACACGGGUUCCUUCGCUCCAUAGCAGGAUUGGUUCCGUGAGGUCCUGGCUUCCAAAUGUCUCCAGAGAAGAAGUGAAAGAAACUUGUCUUCCUGGAGGGGAAUGCAUGAUUGAGAAUUAUUCCUUUGUAGAUAACUUCUCUGCCUUGACUUCAACUUCAGCCUCACGGUACCGAUCCUGCUCCACUUCUUAUGAACUUGAAUCCUUCGCCACCAUUGUGGGGUGUUCAAGAUAUCUGAAGCCGGCUCAAUCCCUGCUUGAAGAAGUUGUUAAUGUUGGGGCGAAGGAUGUGGAUUUUAGUUCAGAUCAACCGUUUAGAUUGUUAACCCGUAAUGGCAGGCGAGGAGGAGCUCUUGGUAUCUCCACUGAGCUUCAAGGAGAGCGGUACUGUAAUGGUGGGUCCUCCUCGACCACCGCAGAGGAACACGAGCUUCAGAUUAGAAUUGUUAAGCUCAUUGCCUUGUUGGAUGAGGUUGAUGGAAGAUAUGAGCAUUACUAUCAUCAAUUGGAAGAAGUGGUUUCAUCAUUUGAAGUGAUAACAGGUCAAGGGGCAGCCAGGUCUUACACUUGUCUCGCACUCCAAGCCAUGUCCAGGCACUUCAGUAGCUUAAGAGACGCCAUUAUUGUUCAAAUAAAUGUGGCAAAAAGAGAACUUGACCAAAAUGUAGCUGAAAUCCAUAGCAGUCUCUCACGAGUUGUGGCAAUCCAGAACCAGAACCAGAACCAGAACCAGAAUCAAGCAUGGAGAUCAAUGAGAGGGUUGCCAGAAAAUUCUGUGGCAAUCCUCAGAUCUUGGCUUUUUGAACAUUUCCUCCAUCCCUAUCCCAAGGACUCUGAGAAGUUAUCGUUGGCAUCACAGACGGGCCUAACAAAAAACCAAGUUUCAAAUUGGUUUAUAAAUGCCCGAGUUCGGCUCUGGAAGCCUAUGAUAGAAGAGAUGUACACACAGGAGUUUACGGAGUCAUCAUCAACAGGUGAUCAGUUAUGCGACACAGAAGCUUGUUAGAAAGAAA